AUGCGUUUAAAGCACUUAAAAACUUUACAUCCUGCUCAAGAUGGUGCAGAAAGAGUUAUGGCUAUGUGCUGGUCCCCUAAUAAUAAAAAACUUGCAGUUUGUACUGCAGAUCGCACUGUGUUAUUGUUUGACGCAAGUGGUGAAAAACGAGAUAAAUUUUCAACGAAACCUUCUGAUUCCGCUUAUGGGAAAAAAAGCUAUGUUGUAAAAGGAAUGGCAUUCUCUCCUGACUCUACAAAAAUUGUCAUAGCUCAAAGUGAUAACAUCGUAUUUGUGUACAAAAUUGGAGAAGAUUGGGGUGAGAAAAAGGUGAUUUGUAGCAAAUUUGUGUUUCAAAGUGCAGCAACUUGUGUCACAUGGCCAUCAGAAGGACCUUUAGUGAUUGGUCUUGCUGAAGGUAGAGUUCGUGCUGCUCAUGCUAAACAUAAUAGAACGAAUACAUUGUACAGCACCGAUUCGUACCUUGUAUCGCUGACUUGCAAUAUUUCUGGUAAAGCAGUACUAUCUGGUCAUGCUGAUGGCUCAGUUGUAAGAUUUUUCUUUGAUGAUGAAGGCAGUGGUGACCUUCAAGGAAAAAUAUUUACGCACACAUGUCCGCCUUAUGCGUUAGUUUGGGCGGCUCAGUCAAUAAUUGCUGCAGGUUGUGAUAAAAAAAUUGUGAUAUAUGGAAAUGAUGGUAUUAUCAAAAAGCAGAUUGAUUAUAGUCGCAAUACGACUGAAAAAGAAUUCACUACUGCUGUGUGUAGUCCCAGUGGUAAAACUGUUAUUUUAGGUAGUUUUGAUCGACUACGUAUCUUAAACUGGAGUUCUCAUCAUCAUGAUUGGGAAGAAGCUAAACCUAAAGAAGUUGCUAAUUGGUACACUAUAUGUACACUUGCAUGGGCUAAAGAUGGCUCAAAGCUUUCCGUGGGUACCCUAACAGGUCUGGUUGAACUUUUUGACUGCAGUAUGAAGAAAAGUAUUUAUAAAAAAAUAUUUGAAAUUACUUAUAUUGAUCCAAGCCAAGUAAUUAUUCGUAAUAUUACUACAAAUGCUCAGUGUGCUAUAAAAUCUUCUAAUGGAAGUGAAAUUUUAGACAUCAAAAUUCUUGGAAAAAAUAGGUAUGUGAUUUCUCACACUUUGCAGACUCUUAUUCUCUGUGAUAUGGCUGCCAAUUUAAUAAGUGAAGUACCUUGGAAUGGUGUUGGUGAAAAUGUGAAAUUUUUCUUUGAUUUUGAAAAUGUUUGCAUUGUAUUUAAUGUUGGUGAAUUAUCUCUUAUUGAAUAUGGAAGCAAUGUAAUUUUAGGCUCAGUAAGAACUGAAUUUAUGAAUCCUCACCUUAUCAGCGUACGAAUUAAUGAACGAAACGGGAAAAAUGAUAAUAAGAAACUUGCCUACUUGAUUGACUUAAAAACUAUAGCAGUACUAGAUCUUGUCACUAGUCUGUUAUUAACUCAAAUAAUGCAUGAAUCCAAGAUUGAUUGGCUGGAACUAAGUGAGACUGGUCGCAAACUUUUGUUCCGGGAUCGACGGCAAAGACUCCAUUUGGUGGAUAUUGAAACUGACGAGAAAAAAACAAUGUUAAAUUAUUGCUCUUUCGUUCAGUGGGUUCCAGGAAGUGAUGUUGUUGUUGCACAAAAUAGAGGAAGUCUUUGUGUUUGGUAUAACAUAGAAUCUCCAGAUAAAAUUACUAUCAUGCCCAUCAAAGGUGAUGUAAUUGAAAUCCAAAGGAGCGAUGAUAAAACUGAUGUUAUUGUCAGUGAUGGCUCUUCUACUACAACUUAUGCACUAGAUGAAGGUUUGAUAGAAUUCGGUAGUGCAAUUGAUAGUCAUGACUUUAAAAGAGCGGUAUUAUAUUUAGAAAAAUUGGGCUUUGCUGAAGAAACGGAAGAUAUGUGGGCUAAUUUAGGAAAAUUGGCUUUGGAAUCCGGAAUUUUGACUAUAGCUGAAAGGUGUUUCGCUGCAGUAGGUGAUGUCUCAAAGGCAAGGUUUUUGCGUGAAACUGUGUCUAUUGCUAAUGAAGCCAGUGCUAGCCCUAAUGGUGAAGGUAAUGACUUCUAUCAAGUUAGAGCGCGCCUGGCAGUCUUAAUGAAAGAUUAUAAAACUGCGGAGAACAUCUACUUGGAACAAAAUAAAAUUGAAGAGGCAAUACAGAUGUACCUUGAUUUGCAUCGUUGGGAUGAUGCAAUCGAAUUAGCAAAAGUUACUGAUCAUCCCGAUUUAGAUAGGCUUAACAAUACUUAUUUCCAAUGGCUUCAAGAGACAAGUCAAGAAGAAAAGGCUGGGGAACUGAAAGAGGUUGAAGGAGAAUAUCGAGAUGCUAUACGAUUGUACUUAGCUGCUGGGUUACCGACACGAGCAGGAAGAGUCAUCACAAAUAUGCCGAUCUUGGCCGAAAAUGAUGAACUUGUGCAAGAAAUUGCUUCUGCCUUGAUGAAAGGGGAAUUUUACGAGCAUGCCGGUGAUUUGUAUGAAAAAGUUGGAAAUGACCAUAAAGCAUUGGAGUGUUAUCGGUUGGGAAAUGCUUUCAACAGAGCCGUAGAUUUGGCACGAUCUGCGUUCCCUGAAGAAGUUAUUCAUCUGGAAGAAGAAUGGGGGGAUCAUCUAGCAUCGAUAAAACAGCUAGAGGCAGCUAUCAACCAUUACAUUGAAGCUGGAAAAUCGAUCAAAGCACUUGAUGCUGCUAUCAACGCCAAGUUGUGGAAGAAGGCUGUUGAAAUAAUGGAAAUAAUCGAUGAUGUUCAGUCUUUAAGCAAAUAUCUUAAGCCAAUGGCUCAGCAUUUUUAUUCAGUAGGGCAGUAUGAAUUGGCUGAACAUUUGCUCGUCGAAGGCGGUAUGUCGCGUGAAGCGGUAGAUAUGUAUAAUAGAAUAGGAGAAUGGGAUAAAGCCUAUAAACUUGCUAGUCAGUUCCUAGAUUCAUCAGAAGUAAGAAGAAUGUAUAUAAAUCAAGCAAAAGUACUUGAAGAAAAGGGUGAUUAUAAAGAUGCAGAAAAAUUAUAUACAUCUGCAAAUGAGUAUGAUAUGGCCAUAGCAAUGUAUGAAAAUUUGAAGCAAUAUGAUAAAGUGAUGAAAAUGGUCAAAAAAUAUUAUCCUGAAAAAAUCAAGGACACCUAUCUACGCAUUGCUAAGAAGUUAGAAUCAAAUGAAAAAUACAUGCAGGCCGAAGAAUAUUAUGUAGUUGCUGGUGAGUGGAAAUCUGCUAUCAAUAUGUAUCGCAAUUUGGAUAUGUGGGAGGACGCGUACAGAGUUGCAAAAACAAAGGGCAAUGAUAUUGCUGCCAAACAGAUAGCUUAUUUAUGGGCAAAAACUAUUGGGGGCGAUUCAGCCGUAAAGUUACUCAAUAAAUUUGGGCUGCUAGAAAGUGCAAUAGAUUAUGCAGCUGAAAAUUGUGCUUUUGACUUUGCUUUUGAGCUUGCUCGUACUGCAAUGAAGCAUAAAAUGCCUGACAUACAUUUGAAGUACGCCAUGUUUUUAGAGGAUAAUGGCAAAUUAAGGGAAGCGGAAGUGGAGUUCAUUCAAGCGCACAGACCAAAAGAGGCAGUUUUAAUGUAUGUGCAUAACCAAGACUGGGAGAGUGCUCAAAGAGUUGCAGAGGCUCAUGAUAAAGAAUCUGUCCCAGAUGUUCUAAUUGGGCAAGCAAGGUUUACUUUUGAAAGAGGAGAAUACCAAAGGGCUGAAUCUCUACUACUAAGAGCAGAAAGAGCUGACCUUGCAGUUAAAUAUUAUAAAGAAGCUGGGAUGUGGAACGAAGCUUUGCGAGUUUGCAAGGAUUAUACACCCAACAAGCUAUUGGACCUUCAAGAGGAGUAUGAAAGUGAAAACUCUGAAAGAGGCUCCAGAGAUAGUCAACAUUUAUUUGAACAAGCAUCAAGCUGGGAAGAAACUGGUCAAUAUCAAAAGGCUAUCGAUAGAUAUCUACAGAUUUCACCAUCCAACUGCAAUGAAUUUGAUUUCAUUGAAAAGUGCUGGGUCAAAGCAGCGGAAUUAUCUUGGAAGUUUAUGAAUAAACAACACACAGAACACCUAGUGCAGCAAAUAGCUCCAAAACUGUUGCAGAUGAAGAAACAAACAACUGCUGCACAGCUUUUUUUAAAAAUUAACUCGGUUAAAAAUGCUCUUGAUGCCUUAAUUGAUGCAAAAGACUGGAGCAAGGCAAAGCGAGUAGCUGCUGAAGUAGACCAAAGAUAUGAAGAAUAUGUAGAUAAUUGCUAUAAAGAUCACUUACGCUCUGAAGGUAAUACUUCAGAACUUGCCGACAUAGAUAUAAUAGCCGCUCUCGAUCUAUAUGCAGAAAGAAAUCAAUGGGAGAAAUGCCUGGAAGUUGCUCAAUCUCAAGGAAUGAAAGUGUUGCAUAAAUAUGUUGCACUUCUUGCUGUUAAGUUUAUAAAAGAGAAGAAAGAAGAAAAGGCACUUAGUUUAUAUGUAAAGUAUGGAAUACCAGCAUUCACCCAGAAUUUUACAAUCUAUAAACAUAUCAUUUCUGCCAUCUUUGGAAUGAAAAAUACAUUUUCUCAUGAAGCAUAUUCAUUAUGGGCUAGCUUAAGAAAUAUACUUUUCCAGCUUUGCCUAAAUCUUCAAAAAAUUGGAGGAGAGGAUAGUGAUGAUUUUGAUAACUAUUUAUCUAUCGCUCAUUAUUAUGCAGUUAGGUCUGCAUGUAUGGGACACACUAGUCUUGAGCAGCAAGCAGUAAAAAUUUCACUUAGCCUUUUGCGUCAUGCAGAUGUGAUUCCUGCCGACAAGGCAUUUUUUGAGGCUGGCGAAGCAGCCAGGAACCUGGGCUGGAACAGCAUUGCAUUUGUUUGCUUGAAUCAUUUAAUGGACAUCUAUGAAGCCAUUGAAGAAGGAAUCAAUGAUGUUGAUAACAGUGAUUUUCAAAAUACUGAUAUCCCGUCCAAUACUUUGAUACCAUCCGAAACAUGCUUAACACCGUCACAAUUUGAAGAGACUAAAGAAUGGGUGUUGUCUGUUUCGAUGGAUCAGUCGGUGGACCAGGUUUUGCCGUUAGAUGAUCGUAAAAUGUUUGAGUCAUCGCUCAUUACUCAUGAUGGCCGUCAUUAUCAGCCUUGUAUUGUUACUGGUUAUCCAGUGAUAAGAAAUAAGGUAGAGUUUGGAAAAUCAAAUAGAGUGGCUAAUAAAGAUGAUUGGAAUAAAAUAAUUAUGGCUGCAAAAGUAUUUCAUGCAUCAGAAUGUGAAGAUGUUUUAAAGUUCAUUGCUACAUGGUGUGGAGGGACCGGAAACACAGGUUUCACAUAUCAGUGAAAUGUUUACUAUUUUUUCAUAUUUAAGCAUGCAAUGAAUUUUUGCCCAUGGAGAAAUAAUCGAAGAAAUUAUCAACACCUUUAGUGCGAAAAGAAAAAAAAUGCAUGUCAAAAUCUGUUUUCCUUCCUUUUUCUUUUGGUAAAUAGUUCUUUUGUAAUGCUUUUAUAUUAUCUGAUCUCAUAAAAGUUUAGAGAAAUAUUUAAAAAAUGUUUUUAGUAUUUUUUUUCUAAUUUUAUUUAUGCUUGAAAAAUGUUCAUAACACUCUCUCUGAUUAUAAUAGAAAAGGUUACCUAGAAGGAUAAAAUGUAUUUAAUUGGUUAAAAGAUGCCAAUAAAAAUAAACGUUAUAAUGAUAUAACUGACACCAACAACAAAAGAUCAACUUUUCAUUUCCUGAAAACCAGAUUUUGAUAUACAUUUUUGAGCUGAGGGAUACACAUUGUGUCUAGUCAUUGUUUUUAUGUGAUAAAAUAUAUUAUUUUUAUGCAGAAUUUUUAAAUUUUAUUCAACUAGAAAGCUCAUUGUUUAAAUUAUAG